AUGUCCACCAACACUGGUCUCGAUAAAUGGCUAAAGGCCCAGCUCAGACUCCUCAGAUUAGAGCGUGACUCUGAAAAAGUCGAAUUUGAUCUUCUGACAUCCGAUAAAGUCAAACAAGGACAGACUAAACUUCUGGAGCGAAUGGGUAUAUCCAUUGGUGGUUUAGGAGUCAAAUCGACUUCCAUCGGGUUGGGGGGCAAGACUACCAUUGAACUUGAGCGACCAGCCCAAUACCACACAGACCCCAAAAUCCCGUACCAUACGUUUCGACCCGGCUUGCCCGCUGGUAUCAUCGAUCACGACCUUAGUUCCGGAAAGGCAAAAGGUGUCAAUACCAAGACAUCAAAAUUAGAUAAGAUCACAAUCAUAGAAGGGGUUGUUUCAAAAGUAUCCGAUACUUCUAUCACUUUAUUCUUGAGCUCUAAUCAAGAUUCGAACCCACCCGAAUUACCUGCUCGAUGUCGUAUCAUAAAGUUGGCAGACACCGGGACUUUUGACAGAUUGGAGAGCACAAUUGAGACCUUGAGGAUCUCCUGUGAAGCGGAGGGUAUCAUUGAGCCGUCCGAAGAUACGCACAAGGACAAGGCUCCCGAAGAUACGCAGAAGGACAAGACGGAGUCGACCAAUCAGGCAACGCCAGAAAAUGCAUUAGGUUUGAAUGAUUCACAGCAGCGUGCCGUACGGCAUGCACUCUCUCCGGCGCCCAUCACCCUCGUCUUUGGACCACCUGGUACUGGAAAAACGCAUACCCUGGUUAGUAUCAUAUCAGCUUUGCAUGCACGAGGGGACCGAAUCUUAAUUGCCGCCGCGUCAAAUCUAGCUAUUGACAACAUCGCCGAAAGACUUUUAGCAAAGCAACUUCCACUUACUCGUUUAGGUCAUCCGGCUCGAGUCCUUGACUCUUUAUCACAGUCUACACUAGAUCAUCAGUGUAAUACUUUUGAUGGAUCUGAAAUCAUCAGAGAUUUAAAGGUCGAAAUCAAUGGAAAGCUCAAUAAGCUUUCUGCGCAAGGUAAGGAUAAGCUUCGAGGGAAAGCUAGAUCGACUGUUUAUAUGGAUAUCAAAGACCUUCGAAAAGAUUACCGACAACGCGAAAGGAAACAUACGGAUGGGAUCAUCAAACAAGCACGGAUCGUAUGCGCGACCACACAUGGGGCUGGAUCCCGUCAGUUAGAAAACCAGGUGUUUGAUGUGGUGAUAAUUGAUGAAUCUACGCAGGCCUAUGAAGCUGCAUGUUGGAUUCCGAUACUGAAGUCUAAAAGCAAGGUCAUUUUGGCAGGUGAUCCACUGCAAUUACCGCCCACAAUAAAUUUAUCAGAAAGAGUGGGAGCCUUAACUGAUCUAGAAACAACCGGAAAACCAACGACCAAAGAAAAACCAACUCGACGUGGUUUCUUUAUGAUGAAACCUCCGAAAUCACUCGAAGUGACAAUGUUUGAUAGGCUACUGAAGAGCAAUACUUCCAUCAGUUGUCUUCUUGAUGUGCAAUAUCGGAUGCACAGUAUGAUAAUGGAAUUUCCUUCAAAACAGCUGUAUAAGGGAAAAUUAAAAGCUGCCGAAUCUGUAGCCGGGCAUCUUCUCAAAGAUCUUCCAAAUGUCUCAGAAAGCGAUAAUGAUGGAAUUGCAGACCCAGUCCUGUUUAUUGAUACUGCUGGUAGUCAUAUGCAUGAUAGGAUUGCAGAGGAAGGAGGUGAUGGUAGUGUUAUGAAUGAAAACGAAGCAAAUCUGGUCGUGAAGCAAGUCACAGAUUUUUUGGAGGCGGGUCUUCUUCCGGAACAGAUCAUGGUUUUAUCACCCUACUCGGCACAAGUAGCUCUAUUGUCAUCUCUGUUGAAAUCUUUGUACCCCACACUGGCGAUUGGUUCAAUAGACUCAUGUCAAGGACGCGAGAAUGAAGCAGUGAUCCUAUCUUUGGUGAGGAGUAAUACCGAAGGCGUGGUUGGAUUUUUACAUGAGACGCGCCGUCUUAAUGUGGCAAUGACACGAGCCAAGCGAAGUUUAACUAUCAUAGGUGAUUCAGAUACCCUGUCAAAGGGGGGAGAUUUUUUAAAAAAAUGGAUGGAUUGGUUAGAAAAUAAUGCUGAGGUUCGUGUUGCAGAUUCAUAA